UACUCAAUCACCAAUAGGUUAGUUCGGUUGAUGCUACCCGGGUCUCUGUUUUCAUUCUCUAUGGGUCUUGUUGAAGUCUGAUGACAUGACCUUAGUGACCCAACCUUCUCUCCCCACAGAGCAUUAAUGCCUGUAGCCAUUGAUGUAGUUUGGUGAUGAUAACUCACUGUAGGCAAUCUGUUGGUUUCUUUCAGAUUGCACAGUAGGCAUAUGUUCCACCAUUUACUUUCCACCUUUGAAAGUGAACAGCAUUGAGAAGUGAGACCUUUGUGAGACUAAUUUGAGACCUACGAUCUUUGAGGGGCCUGAGGAGACCCCUCUACAGGAGGGAAGAGAUGACUGUUGAAAAGACGUUGCCCCCCCUCUUUCAAAUACAGCACGUCCUUACAUCCGACAGUAAUCCAGCUAUUAUUCACCUAACCUCCCUUCUGAUUAGACUACAUAAAGGAGCAUUCAAAGCUGCUUUACAAAUUUGCUAUGACCUGUGCCAUGUUAUCCUUUUCAAUGAUGACAUGGGCCAAGCUCAGCAGGAGACUUCAAAUCUCCUCUACACACAUAUGGCUUUGUAAUGAUGUUUUUUUUUAAAUCCACUUUUGGCUUUUCGUGAUAUAAAAAGAGCUGAUGGGCCACUGACCAAGUCAUCACAGGUGAGCGCAACUGAAGUCCACUCUCAAUUACCUUCGCAAGGACAUUAGGACCAAGAUAGUGUAGUAGGAAUGAUGAUCUUCCUAUACUCUGUUAUAUUCACACUAAUGCUGUUCUCUGAGUUUAACACCGGCUCGGUCGUCUUUGCUGUACAGACAGGCAAGCUGGACGAGGGUAGGACAGAGCAGGAGAGCCUGCGAUCGAUACAAGGCGAAGACACAAUGAGCGACAACACACUGGCUGCCCCGAGGUUCAGACGGGAGCCCGUCCUGGACAACGGACUGGGCGACGAAGAGGACAACACAAAGUACCUCAUCCUUUCAGACAUUGGACUGAAAGGGCACACCAGACGUGGCAUGAACACCGCUUUCUCCCGAGCCCUUCCUGUCCUCCCCGACCGAGCCACAGAUCACUCUCCCGCUGAAUAUAGCCUGAAAGUAGAGCGCAGGGAGGCCGACCUUGAGAUGCUGCGAUGCAUGAUAGGACGAGUGUAUCGACCCUGUUGGCAAGCAUAAGAGUUUGGUGGAUCCUACACUGCUGCCCUGCCGUCUGUCAAUCUCCUGCAAAAACAAAUAUGCUUUCCUUCUCUGUUCCAUGGUUUUACAACAUGUAUAAAAUCAAAUAACUAUUAAAAUGGUUUUGAAAUAUAA